GCCAGAUUUCAAACCCUUCUUCUUUGAGCCGGCAAUCGGUCAGUUUUCGACCAAAAAUGCCACUUUUAGGAAGAAAAAUCUACAUUCCGAAGACGCAGGAUGGGAUAGUGAAGCUUCCUCCAGGUUUCUGUAGGAUUCCAAUAACAAAUGAAGUCUUCAAAACGAGAGAUGAGUACGACAAACGUCUGGAGUUUUAUCGUCAACCCAUUUGGACCUGUCAGUGCACUGGGGUGACAGAUCUGACCUAUUCCGAAGCCCUCAGGUCAGAGGUCAGCGCACGUGAGCAGUUGGAAGAUGAGUUCCCGGUGCGGUUGGAGAGAGUUGUUCUUGAUCUGGUCCACCACAAUACUUGCUCCUUGGAGUCUCUCGUUGAUGCUGUUCAGACACAUCUCCAGAAUUCCUUCGAUGUCGGAGACACCGUGGAGUUGAAAGUCCAGCUCAGGGGCAAGGUCAUCAAAGGGAAGAUCAUUAAAGUCACACAGUCGUCAGCGGAUGAGAUGAAAGAUGGAAGCUCUCCUUCAAGCGACAAGGAAAAUCAUGUAGAAGAGGGAUUAAAAACCCCUCUUAAACAUAUGAAGAAAACCAACCCUAAGAAUUGCAGGUACAACAUUCAUCUUAGUGACGAGGACAAGAUCAUUAGUGCAGUUCCAGGCCAUGAAAUUAUCCAUACAACCCCGUUGCCUUCUUGGGAUUUACUGAAGCUCUUCAUACGAUCCAACGCCAUCCAGACUGGCUCCAAUCCGAACUCUCCCUGGGUCGUCUCUGAAGACCUCUUCACCAAGUUUAGCCUCAUCAAUAAAUAUGAUGACUCCAACCUCAGCCCUUACAAGACCUGCUAUGAAACACCCAAAACCAGAAAGCGAUCACCAGAGGAGCGGAAAAACAAAACCUCAAAGAAGAGGAAACUCUCCGAUCAUUUCUCCUCGGCAAGCUCUACGAAGAUGAAACAGUCCACCCUCCUUGGCAUGACCUUUAACUCCAAAGCCUCUAAACAGGAACGGGACGACACCAUGCCCAGCCCGGAGAAGGUCCGCAUGGACCACACCUACAGCUCUCCGAUCGGGAAGACCCUGAAUAAGAACUCCCCCAAGAGAUCUCCGCGGGCUGACUCUACCAAGAAGAGUCCCGCAGUGGCGAAGAAGAAGGGUGUCAAACCUGCUCUGAAGACCACCAAGAAGGGUGGGGUGAAGAAGGCCAAACCAAAGGAAGUGAAGAAAUCUAAACCGAGAUCAAAAGAAGACAAGGUGUCGGCGAAACAGGUGGUUAAAGACUUACCCAAGAAGGCUUCUUCAGAGGAGGAGGAUGAGGUGGUCGACGUCGACGGGGUCCAGGAAUCCCCAAGGAAGACUCCCUUCAAGAAGAAGCUCACUGACCACUUCAAGAGCCUACAGGGAAACACGCCCUCUGAAGAUGAAUUCAAAGUCACACCCAAGAAAACUCCCAAAAAGGAGGAGAAAAAUACGCCAAAGUCAAAACCGAAAAGCAAACCUCCGGUGAAAAGAGCGAGCAAGGUCGCAAAGAAGCCACUCUCAGGAACUCCAAAGAAGACUGUGUCUCCGAGAAAAACUGUCAAGACCCCUGUGAAGAAGACCAAGGCAGCGGUUAAUGGGACGCUGAAGAAGACGCCGGUCAAGUCACCGAGGAAAGCCACGCCCAAAAGGUCGCCGAUUAAAAAGGCCACACCCAAGAAGACGCCUGUGAAAAAGGGAAAGGCUUCACCAGCCAAGGUAUCAAAAUCAAAGAAGUCCCUGAAGCAAGUGACCCUGUUUGACCUCGCUGGCAAGAAAGCCAAGACACCAGACUCCAAAGUUCUCUACAAGUUGGCCACGCCCCAGAGUCCACGCCAGCUGCCCAUCAUUAACAAGUUGAUCCGAGCGAAGAAGAACAAGGACCUCCCCCUGUACAGUAGACUGAUGGCCAAGGCAAUCCGGGAGCUAACCGACAAACAGAUCAAGAACCUCAAACCGGAUAUACGGGACGAGGUCACCACCAAGUAUGAGGAACUUAAGAUGAAACUAAAAUGGAAGUCGAUGACCCCAGAGGAGAGGAAAGAGGUCAUCGUACAGAAGAGAGAAGAAAAGAAGAAGCAACGAGAGGAGGAAAGACAGAAGAAGAAUGAAGAGGACAGGAAGAUGAGGCUGGAACAAGCCAAGCGUUAUGAAGAUCAGGAUCUGAAGUUGAAGCCUGUCCCUACCCCCAAACCGGUAACCAUGCCAGAGGGUCUGCCAAACACCCUGUUUGGAGACAUUGCAAUGGUUGUGGAGUUCCUCAAUUGCUACUGCGGACUGCUCAUGCCCGACGACCCCUACCCGGUCACCGCAGAUUCCUUGAUGAAAGCUUUAGUUGGAGGGAAUACUGGUUUUGCUUACCUCUCUCGUGUGCUCGUUAUCCUUCUGAAGACGCUACUACAAGACAAGAUAGCUGAGGAUUACAAGGAGCUUAGCAUGCCACUGUCUCAGAUUCCAGUCAACAUGCACACAGCCUCGGAGCUUCUACGACUCAGCUUACGUCAUGAUGAUCAACAGGAUAACGAUGAUCGCAAUAGCAGCAAUGGCAGUGAAGACUACAUCAAUGAAGAUGAUGUGCCGCAAGAUCUUGUAGAGCUCCUUGAGACCAGUGAGUUCUUUGAGUUGGAGCCCCAGGGUAAGCUAGGCUUGCUUGUGUGUCUUUGCCAUCGCAUCUUAGCAUCCUACGCUGUGCAGGACUUCAUGGAUAUUAAACAGAAGGUAGCUGCUAGAUUGUGGAGAGACAAGAUCCAAACCUUGAAGGAGAAGAACGAGAAGCUUAAGGAGGAGAAACAGAAGCAGCGGGAGCAGCGGGAGGCAGAGAGGAUACAGAAAGAGGAGGAGCUUAAAUUGAAGGCGGAACUGGCCGGUGAAAACGGAGAAGCAGGUUCUGAGGUAAAGCCAGAAGAGAAACCGAAAGAGAAACGAGUCCGUAAAAAGAAAGAAGUGAAGCAAGAGGUGAAGGAGGAGCCCGAGGCUGCUGUGGAUGAGAGUCUAGAUCUAGCGUCUGUCGUUAAGAGGAGACGACUUCUGGCUGCUAAGACCAAAGCUGAGAAGGAAGAACAAGAGAAGAUCGAAAGAGAAAAGAGAAUCAAAGGAGAAGAGGAGUACAGGAAGAUGAGGGCGCAAGAAAACUUUGAGAAGAAAUUUGAGGAUGGUAUUCAGCAAGCCAGGCUAGCCCUUCGUCAGGUCCCUAUCGGUACGGAUCGUAACCACAGUCGCUACUGGAUGUUCUCGUCCGUUACCCCGGGUCUAUUUAUUGAGAAAGGAUGGGUGGAUUCAAGCGUCUCAUACAGGACCAAGAAAGAAGCCAGGAACGGCGGGGACGAGAACGGUGGCGGGGAGAAAACCAUUCCUAAGGUCGGGCAGAAUCUUUGGUUUCAAUACGAGAGCUCGAAGGAGCUGGAGUCCCUCGUUGACGCCCUGGACAACCAAGGCAUCAGAGAGAGCGCCCUCUGUGUUGAGAUCAAGAAACGCUUUCAGGAUAUCUCCAAGAUGAUCCAUUUAUCCAGGAGGUCGGGUCCGGAGCUGCGUAAUUCUGAUGGACCCAAGGAACUCCUGGACUCUCUAAAGGAAGACCUGCAGGACAUGGAGGUGCAUAUAAGACAGGGGAACCUGGGUGGGGUCAAGGACUUUGCAAAGUGGGAGGAACGACUGAAGUCAGCCACGAAACUCAAGGACCUGGGAGCAUUGAUCGUUGAGAGCCAAGCUGGAGUGAAUCCCAAGUUUCUUCAAGGUAUCAUGGCCCCGCCCAAACCUAAACCUAAACCUGUAGAGGAGAAUGAGGAAGAUAAAGAAGAUGAGGAGGAGGUUGAAGAUGACCCAGGUAUCUCUGAGAAGGUAACCCAAUGGAUUGAGGCGGUGGAGACAGCGCCCUCAAUGUCCCGACUCCACCUGCUCCUCAGCGUCUGCGAGGCGUGCGUCCGAUGGGAGAAGUCCUCGGAGAACGCCAAAUGCAAGAUCUGCCGACGGAAGGGCGAUGAUGAGAAACUGUUACUCUGCGAUGACUGCAACCAGCCGUUCCAUCUGUUCUGUCUGCGUCCUGCUCUCUCCGCUAUUCCCAAAGGGGAGUGGAAAUGUCCCGCAUGCGCUCCUUCGACGAGGAGAAUUGCAAGAAACAGAAGCUACAAGGGCAUGGAUGAGUCUGACGAAUCAUCAGAAGAGGAGUCUGAUGAAGAAUCCGAGUCUAAUUCUGACUCUAACUCUGAUUCUGAUGCGAGCUAUGAACACGAUGAAGUAUGUGAGGUUUGCCAUGAGGGUGGUGAGCUGGCUAUGUGUGCUCGGUGUCCUGCCGCUUACCAUAAAGACUGUCAUGAACCACCCAUGCGCAACUUCCCAAGGGGUCGAUGGGUCUGCACACCGUGUAUGAAACCAAAGCGUCGUGCGCUGUCUACGACUAAACAAAAAGAGAUUGCCAAGAAAGCCGCUGUAGCCUUGAAGAGGAAGAAACAGAAGGCAAAGAAGAGGAGGCUUGAGGAGGCGAGACUGGCCAAGAAAGCUAAGAUUGUGUUUGGGAUCAAGAUUGCUGAAGACAUCAUUAGUAAGAUGUUGAGAUACAGAGACAGUGGACCAUUCAGAACGACGCCAGAUCAAUCAGAGGAUCCAGACUACGAGGGAACCAUCGCCUCUCCCAUAGAUCUUCACAUGAUGCAAAACAAAUGCUGCAAUAAGCACUACAACAACCAGCAGUCCUUCCUGGAUGAUGUCCGUCUCUUGUUGAACAACGCUAAGCAAUAUUAUGAGAAUGACCAGCAUGUCUUACUCCAAGCCCAGAAGCUGGAAGAUUUCUUUGUCAAUCUCCUUAAAUGGAACCUCCCCGAUGCCGUUGAUGUAUGGCAAAAAGGCUGUUCUCAAUCCAACGGGGCCAACAACACAAACCAGCGCAGGGAUCACAGCUAUGGUAAAAGAACACUACGACAGCACAGUCGCUAACGAUGGCAAAAAGAUGCAGCUUUUAAUAAGAUUGCUUUUAGAAAUGUUUGUGAAAGUUGGCAGCUCAGUUCAUUUGAGCGGUAACAUGUGUACCGAAAAAAGGUUGGGGUUUGGGGAAAAGUCUGAAAAGGAAGAACACACUACUUCAGCUUCAGCCCAAACUUGCUUGGUGUGUGUAAUAGGAAGUAUUACAAUAACAAAGUAUUACUAUAACAAGGAUUCUCGUCGUCGAUGCACCCAUGUGUAAUUCCCUUAAAAGUGGUCUGCUUGCCAAAUUUCAUUUAAAUCGCCUAAGGACCAAGCCCAACUUUCAUGGCUUUGCCUGCCUUACACAGAUUAAUCGGCUUACCUAAGUUGGAAAUUCCAUGCUUAUUUCAAGCAUAUAGCAAGGAAUGUGUGGGCAUAGCUACUGUCUCGGUAGUCUGAGGAAUUUAACUUUAACUGGUAACUUGUGAUCAAGCAUGACAUUGUACAUGUACCAGACAAUAUUCAAAUCUUGCCCACAAAUGGCUUAUUGACAAGCUGACUGGUACCGCUGGCUAGUCACUGCAGAGUUAUCAGACAAAGGAAAACCCUGCUUUUGGAUGAAGUGUUCGGCUCUAAAAAGAGCCAGAGUUUAGGUAUUGAUGUUUCGACCAGUACAUGUACUUCUCCCGAAGGGGAGCAGAGUAAAGGCCUACUGUUCCAAACAUCAAACCAAACAACUGUGUUCUUUGCCAACAUUUCUUCCAAACAGACUUUGAAAAAUCCUAAAGGAUUAUAGCUACUUCCUUUUUCAAAAGUUUAAAAACACCAACAAGAUGAAUAUGAUUGUAGCCACUAAAAAGACCUUGGGCCAAAAUAAACCUGUACAGUUGUUCCUAGGCGUCUUUCUGUUAGUAGAGGGAAGUUAAACCAUUUUUAACACUGUGGUAUUUGAAUUAUACAUAUUUUUGUAAAAAAAGUUUAACCAAAAGUAGAUCAUAGAUUAUUAAUUAGGUCAUACCUUGUUUUAAAAGCAGUACGGUUUAUGCGAUUCCGAAUGUUUUUUUUUUAAUGCUGUUUGAUAUACAUGUACUUGUAUAAUAUAGUGGCCAGAAUUCAGUUCAGAAAUAGCGGGACAUGUACAAGUUAGACCAACUAAAGCCCAGUUCAUUCUGCCUGCGAAUGCUAAGCAAAUUUUGUGGUAAUACCUCGGUAACAAACUGUAAAGUUUGAUUGGUCGAGAACCAAUCACGUGACAGGCGACAACAACACACAUAUACCACCUUGCGGCGGGUAUUGAGUUUUGUUAACCGGUGUACAUUACUGGUUCCCAGUGUUGGUCGAUUUCCAGGACUUGGCACAAAACGGCCACGGGUUCGAGGGAACAGUAAAGAAUUGUUUCUUAUUUGAACAACUGUUCAUCUGCUUAUUAAACUAGAUGCAUACUCCGUUGUUAUAAUGUGUGAAGAUGAAAACCGAACUUCAAAAAGAGGAAUAAUAAUGUUACCCCGGUAUAACAAAACAAUUGUUGCACGCUGUAGUUGGGAUCCAUGGGUUUUCUACACCCUCGUUGGGGGGAAAAUGGCACCCGAGCUGUACAAAACGCCAUGGUCCCCAUCACAGCGUGCAACAAUUGUAUAAUGUCACAUGGCUGUUUUAUACAGCAGCUGAGCACAGUUCAACUGUUGUGAAUUAUUCGUUGUGAAUGUGUGACGUCGAAACUCGCAUUUGCAGGAAGUAUGAGUUGGGCUUCAAGGAGUCAUUGUGACAAUAGACCGAUCCAUUAGGCUCCGCCGCCCACGACGCAGGUGUGAGCAAGAACACGUGAGCCUCUCCUAAGCC